GCUACGUACAGAACGUUAAGCGGCUACGUACAGAACGUUAGGCGGCUACGUACAGAACGUUAGGCGGCUACGUACAGAACGUUAGGCGGCUACGUACAGAACGUUAGGCGGCUACGUACAGAACGUUAGGCGGCUACAUUACAGAACGUUAGGCGGCUACGUACAGAACGUUAGGCGGCUACGUACAGAACGUUAGGCGGCUACAUUACAGAACGUUAGGCGGCUACGUACAGAACGUUAGGCGGCUACGUACAGAACGUUAGGCGGCUACAUACAGAACGUUAGCUAACUGACUUGGUUUAUUAGUGCUAACUUGAUGCAGAUGGUACUGCAUUUUGACACCUAUUGGAGCCCUACAUGGACGAGAAGUUCAUUACCCGAGCCUUCGGCACCAUGGGGGAGUUGGUGGUGAGUGUACGGAUUAUACGCAACAAGAUGACUGGUAGGGGUGCAGCAGGCUACUGCUUCGUGGAGCUGACGGAUGAAGCCACAGCUGAGAGGUGUCUUCGUAAAGUCAAUGGAAAAGCACUGCCAGGAGCCACACCGCCUCGAAGAUUCAAGUUAAACCGGGCCACUUUUGGGAAGCAAGGAGAAAGCGGUCCACUCUAUUCCCUAUUUGUUGGGGAUCUCACACCUGAAGUGGAUGACGGGAUGCUCUACGAGUUCUUUUACAACCGCUACCCUUCCUGUCGUGGGGGGAAGGUGGUGCUGGAUGGCACGGGGAACUCCAAGGGUUGUGGGUUUGUCCAGUUCCCAGACCAGAGGCUUCAGAAGCUGGCACUGGAGGAGUGUCAGGGAGCGGUGGGGCUCGGGAGCAAGCCCCUACGACUGAGCCUAGCUGCUAACAAAACUCGACAUAAUCAAUCAGACAACAGGGGAUGGGGGUCCCACGGAGGAGGCUACAGACACAACCACAACCAAUACAAUCAGCACAAUCAACAGCCGUACGGUAGUGGAUGGGGCUCUUGGGGCUACGACCAGAAUGGGGGCAACUAUGGCGGCUACAACUACAACCAGUAUGAUUACACACAGAAUCCUGCACAGGAAUAUGAAGCUUUUGAAGAUGAUGGUCUGGAAGAUCCUAACCCAGAGCUGGAUGUGGUGGAAGCCAACAGGAAGUUUAUGGAACACAGUGAGGAACUGUAUGAUGCCCUUAUCCAGUGCCACUGGCAACCCUUGGAAUCCUCGGAACAAACCUUUGGAACCACGAGUACCCUUCUAGAACCUGUCUACUGUUGAGGCAAUAUCCUCUUGCUAUGUUAUUUGGCCUUUCAUAUUAUUUUCUGUAGGCUAAAGACAUCCCCAGUCCUUGACAAUAACUGCCAUUUACUUACAAAUGUUUGUUUGUUAAUCAACAAAAAAAAUAUUUAUUUUGUGCAUCUAUUGACAUCUCUUUUUUUUCUUUGUUUUUUUUAAAACAACAAAUAAACUGGACACGUGGCUCAUCCUGUA